AGAUCACUUUGAGCAUCAUGGCCCAGUCAAGCAGCUCCUGCUCCGAAGACCAAUUGACUUGUUGUAUUUGUCUGGAUAUCUUUACCAACCCAGUCUCAACACCAUGUGGACACAAUUUCUGUAUGGAAUGCAUUGGGAGACACUGGGAUCAGUGUAAUAGCUCCAUAUGCCCGCUGUGUAAAUAUGAAUUUUACAUAAGGCCUGAUCUCCAUAUUAACAAAGUCUUAGCUGAAAUUGCAGAUGAGUGCAGAAAUGUAAGCCUUUCUGAAGCCAGUGCAGCUAAGCCUGGAGAUGUGGUUUGUGAUUUCUGUCCUGGGAGAAAGUUAAAAGCUGUAAAAUCCUGCUUGGUGUGCCUGGCUUCUUACUGUGAGAUGCAUGUGAAGUCUCACAGUGAAGUUGCAACUUUAAGGAGGCACACACUGGUUGGUCCAAUCAGAAAUCUUGAAGAAAGGCUGUGCUCGAAGCAUGAAAGGCUGUUGGAACUGUUCUGUACUGCGGAUCAAGCAUGUAUUUGCUCAUUGUGUGCAGAGAAAGACCACCAGGGGCAUAGCGUUGUCUCCAUCGAGAAGGGGAGGACAGAGAAAAUGACUCAGUUAAGGAAGACACAGACAGAAAUACAAAGACAAACCCAGGAGAGGCUGAAGGAGCUUGCUGAGCUGAACCAGACUAUAGAAUUAGUCAGUAGAUCUGCACAGAGAGAAACUGCUGAAAGUAAGAAAGUUUUUGAUGAUCUGAUGGACUCCAUUCAAAAGAAAAAGUAUGCUGUUGUUGAGCUGAUAGAAGCUAAAGAGAAAACUGCACUCAUUGAGGUAGAAGGUCUGAGGAAAAAAAUACAGCAAGAAAUCAGUGAGCUGAAAAGGCAAAACAAUGAGAUUGAACAGCUGUCAGAGACAGAGGACAACAUUCAGUUCCUAAAGAAUCCCCUGCCUAUUUCUGUUCCUUGUGGAAUUGGUGGAGAACCUAGGGUCCCUUUUAAUGCAACCUUCAAUUUUGAGGCUGAAAGAAAAGCUGUGUCUGCCCUUAAAGGCUAUCUUGAGGACAUCUGGAAAAAAGAAUCAGGAAAAAUAUCUAAAACAGUGAAUAAAGUUGAAGUCCAAAGGUCACAUUCUCCAGCACCAAUGAAUAAACCAGAACUGUCAGCAGGACCCGUCUGGGCAACAUGGACUGGACAAUCAGUGAGCAAUGUCCCAAGACCACGUUCUCUAGCACUAAUGAAGAACCCGGAAAUGUCAUCCGAACCCAUCUGGGCAACAUGGACUGGACAAUCAGUGAGCAAUGUCCCAAGACCACGUUCUCUAGCACUAAUGAAGAACCCGGAAAUGCCACCAGUGAAAAUAACUACAGUUAAUAAACCACAUGCACCAGAGCCAAGGACCAUAGCAGCGUGUCUACAAGAGCCAAGAGCCAGAUUAGAUAUUGUACAAGACCUUCUUGCGGUGUUUGCGGAAAGGAACCGAGAACCGGCGACAGGAGACCAGGGCGACGUGGAUGGGCCAUCGGGAGCGCAGGUUGGUGACUGGGCGGCUGUGGCAGCAGGCAGAGGGAAAAAACCUGCCAUUCCUAAAAAAAAGGCUACUGAGCCAGUGGCUAAACCUACAUUUCUACUCCAAGGAAACACAACUGUAGUUCCUAAACAACAAACUCCAGAGUCUAUAACCAAGGCAGACUUUGCUAAAUAUUUUCAUCAGCUCACAUUUGACCCAAACACAACCAAUAAACACAUCUUGCUGUCUGAAGAGAACAGAAAGGCAACAUGGAGAGCCAAAUUCAUAGAGUAUCCUGAUCAUCCAGAAAGAUUUGACGGUUGGAACCAGCUACUUAGUUCAGAAGGUCUUGUUGGCAAACGCUAUUAUUGGGAAGUCGAAUGCACAGGGAAAGAGAUCGAAAUAGGAGUCAUGUAUAAAGGAAUCGCCAGGAAGGAAUGGAAUGAUUCUUCUCACAUUGGAAGAAAUCUACUUUCCUGGAGUCUGGAGUGGAAUCAGGAUGGAUAUUUUGCCUGGCACAAUAAUGAAAUGUCUAGUUUAAGUGCCCCCUGCUCACAGAAGCUAGGAGUCUACUUGGACUAUCCAGCUGGAACUCUGUCAUUUUACAGCAUCACUGACACAAUAACCCUCCUGCACAGAUUUCAUACCACAUUCACUGAACCAUUGUAUGCUGGGUUUAAGGUUGGCUACGUUUCUUCUGCACAGAUCUGUGCCAGAGUAAAUGUUUUAUGUCAUCGUUAUACUUAAGUAAAUAGGCCAUCCUAGGAUAUGUAGUUAUACUUUCUUUACUGCAGUUGGAGUUGAUGUUGAAUUUCUAACCAUUUUGAAAAGUGUUGUGAUUGCAUGGUUACAUUGACAAACAAAUAGAUGCCACUUCCUCUAAAAUGUGCCCAAAGCACAAGUCCUAACAACUGAAAAUUACUACCGAUAUGCAGCUUAAAAAAAAACUCAAAACAGCCAUAAAUUGUACAUUUAUUGAUUUAUGUUAGCCAUGUGAUUAAUAGCUUAAAUAACAAAAAUGCAUUUUCCUACUUAAUUUACUGCAGGAACCACGUUAGUUUUUAAACUUAUGGCUGGUGAAUUCUUUACGUAAAAUAAGUGUUCAUGUCACCUCACCUUCUGAUAGAGAUGGUCUUGUACUAUUAUUCCACUAUAAAGGGUCUAUAAACAAAUGUUGAAGUAAUAUGGUAGGCCUAUGCAUGUAUGGACUGGAGUUGAGGCGUAUAGUGGAACACAAUUAUCCCUGAAGGGGGAUAUAGUGUCUGCCAGGGGCUUAUGUUGCCCAAAGCCAAAGGCAAUACAAGGGGACAAUAUUUUUACACAAAACCAGAAAUAUCCAGUCCAUAUAUGUUUUAUUAAACCUUGAAAGAGAGAAAGCCUUGUUCAGAUUUUGCUUGUUUAGUUUCUCUUUUUUUUGCUUGCUGAAAGACGAUGAUACAUGUGAUUUUAGCAUACUUUUGGUUAAGGGUAUUUUGAAGCUUGUCUUUAGAAAGAUGAGGAAAACACUGUUCCGCGAUAUUUGUUUCAUUCAGCAGCUAUGGCAAAAAAUGUUGCCUCAACCUUACAGAAUUAACUAACUUUGCUUCAUAAAGUCGAAUGGAAACCUGCUGAAUCAUGUUACGUUAACAUAUUGAAUUACAUACCGCUUUGUAGUUUCCCAUAUACUUAACGAAAAACUGACACAAAUUGAAAAAUGUAACAUUUUGAAAUCGAACAUGAAAUACUGUUCUACCAUUACGGCUUGUGAUAUCAUUUUGUAGUUUCUUGGAUAACAUGAUGUUAAAUAAGAUAUAUAUAUAAGGAUGUCUCAAUCCUAAUAUUCCUGGUGAUGCUAAACCUUUGGCUGCUGCUGUAUGAAUAGUUAUUAUGUAUAUGUAUGGUUUCUAUAUUGUUGCUAUGAAUAUGUACCAUUGUUAAUGACUGCUGAGGAUAUAUUGCAAACUAAAAUAGUUCACUUGAAGAUUUUUAAUUAAUCAUUAUAUUUUUAAUAAUCUAAUAUGACAUUUAUGUAAGCAGUUCAUAUUUUUUUCGCAUUUUACAUGAUAUUGUAUUAUUCAAAAACUUUCCCAAAAAGAUGGAAGUUUGAGUCUGUGAUGCUGUAGAUGUAACAACCAUUUAGUUAGUUGUUACUAUUUUUCAUCAUUUUAUAUUGACAUUUGAAAAAGUCUUUGGAGUUUUGUCCACUGGGUUGAAUUACAUUGUUUCAGUCAGUCACAAGCUCAAACUCAACUGACUUGGGGGGGGGGUCUGAUAAUUUUUAUGUGGCACAAAUUAUAUUAUAUUCAUUGUAACAUUUAAAAAAAAAAAAAAAAAAAAAAAGCUAGUUAUGUCGAUAUUAUGGCGAUAGGUGUUCGGUGUUGUCUUAUUGUAAUUUACAAGAAUCGUCACUGUAUAAACUAACACAAGGGACGUUCUGAAUUAUGGUAUCGCCUGUUACAGAGGCAGUUGGGUUUCUGAUGGUUGAUCAGCGAUACUAGUAGAUUCUGAUGUUAAAAUGAAAUUCGUUUGUUUACAUUUAAGGUAUGUAUUCACGCACACAUGUUAUCAAUCAUUAAAAAUGAUACUUAUACUUUG